CUGAAUCAAUUAAAUAGGGAGAAAAGUCGUCGGCAAGGACGCGUUCAAUUGUGAUAUACGCAGCAGCCAUUGUGGCUCCUGUGUGUUUUUAAAGUCAAACAAGCAAACGCCUUAUUUAUUAUGUACCGGCACUGCACUUGUUUUCCUUCUUCAUUUCUCUCUCUAGGCUUCUAACCGAAGGAACGAAAAGAAUAGAUUAAACAACACCAUGGCUGGCCGAGAGAUUCUUCACAAGAUGAAGGUUAAGGCUUUUUGUUCAUCUGCAAUUGAUACGGGGAAGGGGAAGAGUAAAGUAUCAAAGCAUAUCACGCAUGGUUUUCACUUAAUGAAGGGAAAAUCAAACCAUGCCAUGGAGGAUUACGUAGUUUCAGAAUUCAAGCAAGUAAAUGACGCUAACUUGGGUUUGUUUGCCAUAUUUGAUGGCCAUUUGGGCCAUGAUGUAGCAAAUUAUUUGCAAACUCAUCUGUUCGAUAAUAUUUUGAAAGAGCGCGACUUUUGGACAGAAACAGAAAAUGCAAUAAAGAAAGCUUAUCGUACAACGGAUGCUGAAAUAUUGGAGAAGGCGUUUGAACUGGGAAAAGGAGGGUCAACUGCAGUGACAGCAAUACUAAUUAAUGGUGAAAAACUUGUUGUUGCAAAUGUGGGAGAUUCUCGAGCUGUUAUAUGCAAGAAUGGUGUGGCCAAACAACUAUCAGUUGACCAUGAACCAAGCAAGGAGAAGAAGCUAAUUGAGAACCGUGGUGGCUUUGUAUCAAAUCUUCCAGGGGAUGUUCCUCGUGUUGAUGGGCAACUGGCUGUGGCAAGGGCAUUUGGUGACAAGAGCUUGAAAAUACACCUUAGCUCAGAACCAGAUAUAAAAGUGGAGAUGAUUGGUGAUGAUACGGAGUUCAUUAUUCUGGCAAGUGAUGGAAUAUGGAAGGUAAUGUCAAACCAAGAAGCUGUGGACUUGAUCAAAAAGAUAAAAGACGCUCAAUCGGCAGCAAAGCUCUUGAUAGACGAGGCCAUUUCUAGGAAAAGCAAGGAUGACAUGUCCUGCAUAGUUGUAAAAUUGCGUUGAAAGUUUUCUUUUAUAAGCCAAGUACUUUUGGCCUCUCUCCAAUGAAGGAAAAAUGUUAAAUUGAUUUGCCGUAUUACCAUAUGUAAAUUUCUUUUGUAGCAACCAUGGAGAGUUGUGGUAAAUGUUAAUGGUUUCAGAACCGUGGCAUGUACAAUAGAGCACUAUAAAGUUGAUAGCUUUAACUUGAAACUAUACUUGCUAUGCAAAAUUUGAUGAUUUUAUGGAUACUGUCCUGAUAAGGUAGCCA